CAGCCUCAGACCAACUCCACCAGCACCACACAGUGAUCCUACACCUGCUGCACAUCUUUAUGUGCGCAGCCAAGUGGUUGGAUGAGGUUGGACGUGGUUGGACACCAGGUAGACUCUGUCCAAGCGCGUCCAACCAGGUGUCCAACCUGCAGCUGGUUGGAUAGAGGUUGGACGCAGCUGGACACCAUGUCCAACCGCGUCCAACUGCAGCAGUUGGACACCUGGUUGGAUGCAGUUGGACACCUGGUUGGAUGCCAUGUCCAACCAGAGGUGGUUGGACGCAGGUUGGACGUUAGCUGGAUGACGCGUCCAACCGCGUCCAACCAGCUGCAGGUUGGACGCGGCGUCCAACCGCGUCCAAACUCAUUUGGCGCGCGCAUGUUCAUUAGCGAGCUGCCAGAUCAGCCCGAUGCCGCUGCGGCCAGGCGCUUCGAUGGGCGUCAAGCGCAAGUCUCUGUGGUGUACCACGACGCAGCGCCCCGGCUGGGGUCUUGGCUGCGGCACCCCGAUGCCGCCGCCCGCGGCUGCGCUCUCGCCGCUCUUCGCCCGCGGGAGCCCAAAAGUUGCCUGAACGUCACGUCCUGUCAGGCACGCCGCCCGAAGCGGCAGGUCCCACGCUUGCAGCGGCGUGCGGACCGCUCCACGCGUGUGCCGCCGGCAUACCGCGGCGUGCUCGUGCCUGGCGAGGCGUCGAGCGCCAGAAGCAGCUGCAAGAGAAGCUCCUGCAGCAGCAGCGCCUCGAUCUCUGCAUAAAGGGUGGGCAGCCAGCACCGCUGCAUCCUCUCUCUCGCCCACAUCCUCCGCAACAUGACGGCCGCCCACCCGAUGUUCCGCCUGAAGCUGGGUCAGUGCCGCGCACGCGCAGCUCCGCACCGCCCUCGCUG